AUGUUGCUAGUAAUGGUUAACAGGAUCUCAGCAGCUCAUGGAUUUCUCUUGAUUCUAUGCUGGGUGUCCAUCCACUGUCAGAACAAUUGUCAACUGACGAACAUCACCAUGGCGGUGGAAAAGGAAGAGUGUGGGUAUUGUGGCAAUGUCAAUGUUAGCUGGUGCUCUGGUUACUGCUUCACAAAGGAUCCAGUGUUCAAGGAGCGCAUGGCCUCCAUCUAUCAAUACAUUUGCAGCUACAAGGAAGUCAUUUAUCAAACAAUCACCAUCCCCAACUGCCCUUCCAACGUUAGUCCUUAUUACACUUAUCCCGUAGCAAUAAGCUGCCAGUGUGGAAUGUGCAAUACCGAAACCACUGACUGCACAGUCUCAGCAUUGGAACCAAAAUAUUGUUCCUUCACACAACAAAGGAAAAAAAGAUCAUUAAUAAUGCACAGUACACUUCUGCACAGGAACAUUUGA